UUUUUUUUAGAAUUUAGCUAUGAAGUCUUGACAGUCUUGGAUUUCUAAUUUCUUGAUAUGUUGCAGUCGAAUUAUUGAUAAAUCUUUUGCCGGUAUUUUUAAUUUAUUUUAGUGUUGGGAUUAUUAGUGUUUAGUACCAUUUAAUAUUUAUCAUUGGAAAUGUAUUUUUGCCUUGUGUAAUUUCUUUUUAGUUAACGCCAUUCAAUACAAUCGAAUGUUCUGAAAGUUAAUAUAAAUUAACUUAUUAUUUGACGAUAUAUGAUGCCGGGAAAAAUGAGCAAAGUGUAAGUAUCACUAAAUAUUCCAUUUUCUACAAAUGCUCAUGCUCGCAUUGCAUAUGAUGUCAUUAAUGUUGACAAAGAAUUAAAAAAUGUGUUUAGAAGUUUAGCUGUUGAAGAUAGUAACCUUAUUAUUCAUUUUGAAGGAGACGACUACAAAAUUUUAAGGCUUUCAGUGAAUGGAUUGCUCCAAAAUUUAAGUUUGGUUACGAAAACCAUAAGUUUGUUUAGUUUGUAAGGAGUAAAAAACAUGCCAGAACAUACUCCAGCUCCCAGUCCAGCGCGUUCAGUUUAUGGCUUUUCUAUGUAUUUGUUUAGUAAAACAGUGCUUGCACUGUAUUUGAUAUGGGCCAUAGUUCCUAAUGAGUAUUUUCAUUACAUGUACAUUUAUUAUAUACCACAAAAAUUUUGGUCAACAGCUGUACCCAUACAAUGUUUAGUUGCAUUGACAUUAUUUGCUUUUCUGAUCUAUCCCAGUUCUAAUCUUAUGUUAGCAUUUACAUGUGAUAGUAUAAACUCUAUUUGGGAUAAGUUUAGUUGUAAAAGUAAUGAAAUUAACAAUUAUCAGAGGUCUAUUCAGCCUGUUUGUAUUUGUAAGACAAAUGAAAAAUGUAAAAAAAUAUAUUUUUCCACAACACCUAAAGAUUUAGAUGAAAAUACUGUACCACAACUGUAUGAUUUAGAUAUACGUUAUGUUUGUAAAAAGUUGUAUUUGAAUAGAUAUAAAAAUAUUUAACUGUUAUGUAUUUUAGUCUCCUUAUACCAUACAGCAAACAUCUGGUGUUGUUGAAUGUUGUCAUAUGUAAUAGGCAGUAUCAAGGUUAUUUCUAAUCUUAAACUCAUUUCCAGUAUGCUUGGUAUUCACUGUCAUUGAUAUAUAUAGAAAGUUACAGGGAAUAGGGUUUGAAUAUCAUAACUGGUACAAUGUGCAUGAUAAAUUGAAAAUGGUCAUAUUGUGUACUGUAUUUGUAAAAGAACCUGUUGCAGCCUGGCUAUACUAUUGAAAUUUUAAACAUUUAAUAUUUUUUAAUUACAAUUUGUUACAAUUACACUAGGUAAACUUAAGAGGUUACAGUAGACAGUUACAGAUAUGUCUGUCUGCAGUAUAUUAAAUUCAAUACUUUUAUCAUUAUACUUACAAGUAUUACAGUAGACAGUUACAGAUAUGUCUGUCUGCAGUAUAUUAAAUUCAAUACUUUUAUUAUUAUACUUACAAGUAUCAAACCUGAUACAAUACAAACACAUUUUUUUCGUUAAAAUAGAUUUUGCCUUAAAGAUAUUAUUCUAAGAAUAAAACUAUAUUUUGGAUCUCAAUGUUAAUAUAUUUUAUAAGGAUAAAACAACACUUCCCAUAAUUAGUACAAAAUGAAAUAAAAUACAUUGUUAGUUUUUACAUAGGAAAGAUUUAGGUAAAAGACUUAAAAAUGAAUUUUAACUACUAUAUAAGGCUUAAAAAUUGAGAUAAACUUUGAAUACUUUGACUGAAAUUAUGUAAGCCACUUUUAGUAUUCACAAUGUCAAACUUAUAGCUUCAAGAAUAUUAUUGGCUGACCAAAAGAGAUUUUCCAACAGUGCAUAGGUCAUUAAACCUGUGUUAAGUGAAAUAUGAAAUAGAA